AUGAAAGAGCAGAAACUUCAAUGUGUGUGUGAUAAUAUCAAAUGUUCAUUGUGGUUGUCAUAUGUUUGUGUGUUCCAGAGUGUUGUGUGUUAUGUUAAAGCAGCAUUCCCUCACAUACUGGAGCUACUCAACACCCAAUUCAGAUAUGCCAAGGACUCGGACAAUUACCGUUAUACUAAUUCACUGAAGAACUUGAUCUACAACAUUUACUCCCAGAGAUGCAUCCCUCCAAUCAAUGAGGAGAUUGAGGAUAGCCCAAAGAAGUUCAUAAGAACCCACAUGACUUUGCCCAGGGCAGCUUUGGAGAAAGCUGAGGAAGUGAUUCGCAUGUAUAUGGGUCUGAUGAUUCAGAGCAACAAGCCUGUGGUCUGGAACUGUGAGGAGGAGUACACAGAAGAUUACCCAGAAUCCACCACUGAACCUCUCAGCCAAACAGCAGGUGCCUCCGAUUGCCCCUGCAUUUGUCCAGCGGUGAGCAUUAGACCAACUAAGUCAUCUGCAUCCACAAGCCAUUGGAAUAUUUACCCGAAAUCUACUCAAUCCCCACAAAGAUCAACCUUUUCACAAACCUUGAAAGGUGGUAAUGAAAGAACUAAACAAUCCAAGUCUGCUGUCCCAAUAACCAAACACCAAACACUAGAUCUAGGAACAUCUGCCACAUGGAGAUCAACACAAGAACAUUUAUCCAACUUCCUCUUUGGUAGUACUCCAGCUUUUCAUGAAGAAACUUCAAAUUCAGAAACGGACCAUGUGCCAUCACCAGAUCUUUUCCCUUCAUUUACAAAUUUUCAGGAUGUAUUUCCAAACAGAACUGACUCAAGUGUUGAGACAACCACCUCUGGCCCCUAUCAAAAAAGCACAAGCGAUAGCACGCAGGACGAUGUGGAGAAGAGCACGCCGCUUUUACUUGCCAAAAGGUCUUUAGAUUCCAAAAGCCAAGAAGGACCAUCCAGUUCCCUUGUAAAAUUAUCCCAGAACUCAGUUACUACAACAUCUCAACCAGCAUACAAAGAUAUAAAGAGCACAAAGAUAAAAAACAAGCCUUCCCAAAUGCUUCAACUGAGUAAACACAUUGCACCAGUCACAACCACACUUCUGUCUUCUUUGAAAGCAGCUGCGCAUUCAUCAGAAGGCCUGAGCGCCCUUGUUGAACAGCCAGGUCAUUUACACAGCCCUCCUGAAAAUUUCCAAACACACACCCAAAGUCCGGUGAGGAUGCCAAGGAAUUUCAUGAGAACCAUCCAUAAGGCGAAGCUCAGCAAAGACAGCAGAUCCCAGGAGGAUAGGCAGGAGAUGAAGGACCAAACUCAUCCAGACAGAGAAACACAGAGGAACCCUGCCACAGAACAAUCCAGCAGUACAAUCAUCUCUUUUGGCACCGUGCUCAUUAUUACAUCAGGGUGUGGUGGACUUCUGCUCAUUACUGUCCUGUUUUACAGACAGCAAAAAGUAAGUGACUCACAAGUCAUUUUUGCUCUGCUGAGAAGACCCGCUUAGAAUGACAUCUAGGUCAGUGCUGUUCUGGAGAGAAACAUGCUGUGACCAGUAGCCAAAACAUAUGCUUGUUACUAGCUCUGGUGGUCUUUUCAGCAGGAUGUCCCAAGUGAUCUCGUUCAAACAGAAAAAUCAACAUUCUUUGAUGUUUCCAAUAUGAGUUGAUGGAGUUCAUUAUUUAUUCCAAACAAACAAUAAAUUGGGAGACAAAAUAUCAGCAGGUUGCUUUUUCUCAUUCUGUAUAUGGAAUUAUAAUACAUUUUAAAAGACAUCUUUUGUUGCUCAAAAGGUGUCUACAACUAGGAUAUAGCACUAGAACAGGAAAUUACUUGAUCUGGCAGAUGGUCCAUUGGAAAAUAUGACAAUAUUUUAAGCAUUCUCGCACAAACUAGAUGUGACACAUUCAUCUUCUCUUUGUACAUUUUGACUUGGCAAACUGACCAUGAAAUGUUGAACGGAAAAUAUCAAUAAUUCUUUAAAAAAAAAGAGAAGAGAGUUCAUUUUUCUUUCAUGUCGGUUUAAGAUUGUUCUCAUAUUCAAACACAAAUAUAUAUGGAGUGUAAAUAAAUCAAUGAAUAUAUACUGUAUAUACAGGGCAGGUGGAAUGAAGCCACAUUCUAAGUGCCAUCUUUAUGUCAGAAGCAAAUAAUUAAUCGAAUGUUUUGCUUGGCUCAUAUUGUUAAAAGGAAUCUAAUAACAAUAUAUUUAGUUCCGUACCGAUAAACAAAUGAGUAAAACAGAUGGGUGCUUUGUGGAAUGCUUAAGAA